AUGACUCUCAUACUUCGUCCCGCGACUAUUGCCGACGCAGAAGCCCUAACAAACAUUUACUUCUCAGCGUUCAGCAGCGACGAAAUCUCUCUUCUCUGUUUCCCUCGCUCUCCCGUAUCAUGGACCUGGUGGUACAAUUCCAUCCUGUCCGAAGUCCAAGAUCCCUCAUCCCAUUUCCUCUGCAUCCAAGAUUCUUCCUCUCCGACUCCAGAGAUCAUUUCUUACGCAAAAUGGAACGAUAAAUUUGCUCCCGUGGCCACAAUCAACGAUUUACCAGAAUGGCCUCAAGGCUGUGAUGUAAAGGUUGCGAAUCACUUUUUCGGAACACUGAUAGAAAGACGUAGGGGGAUUAUGGGAGAGAGGAAACAUUGGUAUUUGGAGAUUAUAGCUACGAAGCCAGAAUCCCAGAGCAAAGGAGCAGCGGGAAAGCUUAUGAGAUGGGGGUUAGAGAGGGCGGAUGAGGACGGAGUUGAGACGUAUUUGGAGGCUAGUCCGGUGGGGAAGGAAGUGUAUGAACAUUUUGGGUUCGAGGAGAAGGCGAGAUUGGUGGUUUCAGUGGAUGGAAAGAGUGACUUCGUGGAGUGUAUGAUGGUUAGACCCAGAAAGGAGAAGGUGGAUGGUGUAUAA